AUGGUAUCAAUGCGAUCUAAGAAAAUCGUGUGCUCGUUGAACCUUCUCCCUGAAUGUGAAGAAAUCUCAUUAUACAAGUAUGCAUCGUGUCAUUUGCUAUUCCAACUCUAUCCCUUCAGAAUACGCGUGACAUUCAAAAAAUUUGAAAAAGACGCUGAGAGAGAACUUGUGGGGAUAGAGAGACCAGAAAUAGUCGAAUUCCACGUGUCACAAAUAGUUGGCAACAGAUACGAAUCUGAGCAGUAUCAAUGGGAGAAUCGAACAUUCGAAGUGAGAGAUUUCAUUGAUCAUUUCAUGGAGAUACUCCAUCACGAUUGGAUUGAUGAAUUGACUGUUGUGAAAGAGGAUGCUUAUCCACCAGAGUCGAUUCAACAACUUAUUAAUGGAUUGGAAUUAAGACAAUUUAAAAUUUAUGAACAAAAUUCUGAAGACGACAUGAUGACAUAUUUGAAUGCGAUAAAACCUACACGUAGCCUUCAUUUGGAGCGAAGCCCGCUUUUCGUCUGGAAUCACACUAAGAUGAGCCAAUUUUUCAUUCAAAAUCUCAAUCUUAUUGAUAUAGGAAAAGCAUAUUCAUUGACUCUUGACGACUUGCUUCUUAUGAAUACUUCGGAGAUUCAAAUCGUUACAACUCGGAUGACCGGAAAAGAUUUCAAUCGGUUUUUGAAGCAUUGGAUCGCUGGAUCGAAUCCGAGACUGAGGUAUCUUUGGAUUGGAUGUGAAUUGACAGAUGAUUUUGAUGAGGAGCAGUACGAGAGGGAUUUGUUGCAAGGAAUAGACCAUCGAAAGAUGGCGGAUGGGGAAGAGAGGACCUACGGGAGACAUAUGGGUUUAUACGAAGAAAGUACGGAAACAAUUUCAGGUGGUUCUUAUAUUAGAAGAAAAGAUGGGACUGAGGCUAUCGUCUUCUCUGAAGAAAUUUUUUUUCAUUUGAUUCUCCAAUAG